UUAUUUGUUCUUUCUUUAUCAAAAUGUCAAAUACGAUGAUAAAAUAGUUAACAAAUAUUAAAUGUUUCACACACAGUGAGCCUAAGUACCAGUGUUUCAAUAAUGCGUUUUGAUAAAAAUCUAUUAAUACAAUUGUGCAAAGUAUCUGGCACUCGCUCUAUAGGCAGUGCUGUACCGGAAAUAAGAAUUUAUGAAGUAGGGCCAAGAGAUGGUCUUCAAAACGAAUCGAAAUUUGUGCCAACAGAUAUUAAAGUGGAACUUAUUCAUAAAUUGGCUAAUGCUGGCCUGAAAAAUAUUGAAUCAGCAAGUUUUGUUAGUCCAAAAUGGGUUAAACAAAUGAGUGAUGGUGUGGAUGUGAUGAAAAAUAUUAAAAGAGAACCUGAUGUGAACUAUCCUGUUCUUAUUCCUAACUUAAAAGGAUAUGAAACUGCUAAAAAAUGCAACAUACAAGAAAUAGCCAUCUUUCCCGCUGGCUCUGAAGCAUUCUCACAGAAAAACUUGAACUGUUCUGUGGCAGACGGGCUGAAACGUUUUAAAGAAGUUGCAGAACAAGCCAUCAAAGACGGUAUCCGAGUUAGGGGUUACAUAUCAUGUGUAUUAGGCUGUCCUUAUGAGGGUCCAAUAAGUCCAAAGGCAAUAGCAAAAAUAACUGAAGAAGUACUUGAUAUGGGAUGCUAUGAAGUGUCUCUAGGGGAUACCAUAGGAGUGGGUACUGCUGGCUCGGUGCGGCGGAUGAUGAAAGAAGUCUUACAUGUAACAACACCAGAUAAGAUUGCCCUUCACUUCCAUGACACUUAUGGCCAGGGUUUAUCAAAUUUAGUUGCUGGUCUUGAGUUUGGCAUCAGGACUGUGGAUUCUUCUGUCUCAGGUCUGGGCGGGUGCCCGUACGCCCGCGGGGCCAGCGGGAAUCUCGCUACGGAAGAUCUUGUUUAUUUCUUAUACGGCUUGGGAGUCAACACAAACAUUGACCUAGUAAAGUUGGUGGAGGCGGGCCGCUUCAUUUCUAACUUCCUCGCAAAAACGACCGAGUCCAAAGUAAAUCGAGCAUUAGGGGAUCGAUUUAAAAAUAAUCAAGAUAUCGUUGCGAUUGCUUCUUGUGCGACAUAGAUAAAAGCCAAUUAUAAUUCCAAUAUUUAUUAAGAGUCGAAGAGCAAUUACAAUAAAUUUGUAUGCAAAAACGUCGUUAAUAAAUACCUAUCAGCUAUUGUUAGCAAAUGCACAAUAAAACGUUAUUUUACAUAUU